AUGCUUACACGAUUGUAUUCGAAGUCACGAAGGUUUGCUAGGCUAGAUAAAGAAUCGAAUGCUACACUUUUGACCUACCAUGACUUGGAACUUUUUGAAAGAUAUUUAAAGGGGACAGAUUUUGCAGCACCACAAACAAAACAUGACAAGGAGGAUGCAGGCCAUUCAAAUCGUCAUUUUGAGUUUACGGGGCGUCAGUUGUCACGUUUAAUCAGCAAUACUAUGAGUCCUUUUUCGUCCAGCCAAGGAACCGCUGCCACCGUGAACGAAAAUGACCUUGAUGUCAAACAUGGAAAUUUACAUGGACUCAACGAAAAACAGUGGAUUACGAUCAGUAAAAUCAAACUCUGUCUUAAGUCGGCCGAUGACGAAGCACUUUAUGAUAUUCUAAAAUGCAACCAAAACGUUAUUCCGACGCUGGUUGAAAGAUUAUCACCUUUUCAAACAUCACUAUUAAUCAAAAGACUUACAGAUUAUCAGAUAGCUAUUUCUAAGCAAUUCACAGUGGAACAGAAAUACUCUUCCAGGUUGCAUAGUGAUUCUAACAUGCGAGGGUUAGUUCAGAUGAAAGACAAGACGUACCAGGGAGUUCGAUCCAUUCUAAGGAAGAUUGGCAGGAACCAUCAUUUAAAUAACCUGGACUACGAGACUAUAGUAUCGUUCUGUAUGGGUAAUCUCAGAUAUAGAGAUGCCAUAGAGUUCAUAUGCGAGAUGGAGACUAAAAUCAGACAAGGUGAUACGAGCUUGAAACUUCGCAAUUCACUAUGGGCUGAUAAAAUCAGCAUUUUAUGUCGAUCCACGGAAAAGACCUGGUCUCUUGGUCGGUACGACUUGAAGAGCAAUCGUGCACAGAUUCUUCCUGAAGAUUAUAGUUAUCCAUUGCUGAAUGGAAGAGGUGUUGCGACUUUAGUGAAACAAUACGAAGAUAGUAACCUCAUUCCGGACAGGAGAGUAUACGAAGCACUUAUUCUUGCUUCAGGCAAGUCUAAGGAAAUGAGUCAAUUAGAUUCACUAAUUCUUAAUGUCUGGGGAGUUAAUGCAAAAACCGGCGAGAUGGUGGAGGGAUUCCAGAUUCCGAAGAAGAAUUCUUUGGAUUAUCCCAACUUUGACAUACUUAGAUCAAUAGUGCUGGCUUACACGUACAAUAGUGAACUUGUGAAACCAUUGUCUGUUUGCAACACCAUAAUAGAAAAUUAUGAUCUUGAUUCGAUCAGAUCACAAAAAUACUGGGAAACCGUACUACAAUGUACUGCAUUACAAUGCGAAAACGUUUAUAGAGAAAUUCAGACUAAACUUUGGAAAGCUGGGGCCGAUAAAGACGAAUACUCAUGUGAAAUGUUAUUGAGUGAAGAUAUUUUCGACGAGAUGUGGGAGCAUAUUAUAAAGAUUGUGCAGAAACCGUCCAAGUCGAUGGUUCGACUAAGACUUUCAUACGCUUCUUUGAAAGCCUUGCUUAGAGAUUUACCGAAGAUCCAUCAACGUAGUGUGGAUCCUGCGGUAAAUAUUACGGCGAGUGAAGCUGCAUACAAUGAGAAUUUACUAUUCUCAUAUUUGAACGUUUGCCGUAUAAGGCUGAUGAAGCUCAGAAAAUUCUACCAGACUGAAGAUAUGAUCAACAGAUUCUCUAUUAACAAACAGAUGAAGCAGACUCUUCUGAGGAGGUUGAACAGUUACCAGCAGAGAUAUUUAAAGAGAGUUAAGGAUAAAAGAGUUCUCGAAAGGCAGAGAAUUAGAGAUGACGAUGACGAAGACAGCAUGCUGGGAUUAUGGUAA